GGGGAAGCUCCCCCAUAAAAGCAGCUGGGACAGCCUGGCCCCAGCACAGGCGGCUCAGCCACGGCCACAGCCCAGCAUGAGGACAGCAAGCAGGGUGGUCUGCGCCCUCCUCAUCCUCUCCACGCUGUGCUGGCACAGCCUGGCUCAGAGAGCUCCAGCCAUGCCGGACAAGUGCUGCUUCAACUUCCAGAUGAGGAGGAUCAAGAGGGACAACGUGGUGGCCUGUUACCCCACCAGCCCCGAGUGCCCGCACCAGGCUGUGAUCUUCAGGGUGAGGAAUGGGAAGGAGAUCUGCACUCAAGCCAGCAGGGCGUGGGUCAAGAGGUACCAGCAGAGCUUCCAAGUCAGCUCCUUCUCCAUCCCCAGCUAGCAGGGCUGGGGACAGCAGGGACAGCGCCAAGAGGGGACACUUUUGGAUGGAGCAGCUCACAAGGGACACCCUCCCCAUCACGAUGACCCUCACCACCUCCCUUUGCCGGUGGGAUGGCGAGCCCAGACCCUCUGUGCUCCGUGGAGAGGCUGCAGCAGCCGGGGAGUGAAGGGGGAGCAGCUCCACGCUUGUUUUUUGUAGAACAGAAUUA